CCAUCUCACAAAAUCCACCCACCACCUUUCUUUGUUCGUUUUCCCCUCUCUCUCGAACCCAAAAAUUCUUUUCUAAAUUCCAAAAGAUCCAACUUUUACCGUUCGGUUGGGAGAAGAAGAGUAGGAGGGAGAGAAGAAAAAUCACAACCUUUCCCUUCUCCUCUCUUCUCUCUCCCCCCAAAAAAAUACAACCAAAAAACUAUGCAUGCAUUCCAGGCCUCCUUCAUUAACAUAACAUUCUCAUUCUCAUCACCUCCGUCACCGUUACGGCGGCCAGGACUUAAACGUCCUAGGCCAUCACCCACCACAUCAUCCUAUGAGACUCCUCUCUUCCCCUCCUCCCUUUAAUGGCUUGGAGGCUUCGUCCUCGUCUUUGUCACGUUUGAUUUAUUCAUCACGUCCUCCUGCUCCUUCUCCUUCUCCUUCUCCUUUCGAGUUACUAUUAACCGAUCCUACUUCUAAACCUUCUGUCCUUCUCCCUUCUAUUCCUAUUGCUGACGGCGCUUCUGAUUUUGCCACCUUCUCUUUUGUUUUCGGUAUUCUUCUCCUCUCUCUAUUUUCUUUCGCUUUUAUCUUCCAUCUCAGGAUUAGAUCACGUCAAUUGCCUCAUUUACAGAAUUUCAAUUCUCUUUGGGCUGUCAGAUUGCUUCUCGUUCUCUUCGCUUCGCUUUGGGCUGUUAACGAAGUUAUUCGCUUACCCUUUAUUCGUCGAAGAUAUCUUUACCCUUUUUUGCCAUCUCUUUCCCUGCAUCAACAAGCCGAUCUUUGUAAGGUUCACGUGGUUCUUUCAUUGGGUUUCUUCGAGCCAGGUUUCCUAAUUACUCUUCUUUUCUUGGUGAACGAGUCGAUUAAAACGCAAAAUCCUUUUCGGACGUGGGGUGUUGCACUCGUCUGUUUAGCUUGUUCUCCAAUUCUCCUUCUACAAUCGUUCUUCGUGUUUUUCUCGCCAUUGGAAGCGAAAUUACCCAUAUAUAUGCAUACGAGUUCUUACGUUUCGACUGACCUUUUAGGAAACAAAUCCGUGCUCUGCACCUACCCGUUGUUCAGUUGCAUUGUGUUUGGGGUAUUCAGCAUUGCUUAUUCGUUAGCAUUUUUGUUGUCAUGUUGGAGGGUUGUGGCCUUUGUGAUCAACAAGAAAAUUCGGGUCCGGUUGAAUAUGCUUGCUACAUCGUUCUUGAUAUUAUUGCCAUUACAGAUUCUUUGCUUAGGGUUGUCGCCGUUGUGGCAGCCGGCAGAACCUACACAUGGAUAUGCUAUCCUGGCGAUGGACCUUGCCGUUGCAUGGUGCGUGGUGAUUGGGGAGGUUAUUUUGAUAAUAAGGCCAAUUGCAGAUGCAUUAGCUGCCGGUGGAGCAUGUUGCCCCUGGAGUCCCGGUAGCAGGUCAGGACGGCCUAACGGUGACGGGAAGAGGGUGGAUAAUGGGAAUCGAUAACGAUAAGCGGAGGCCAUGAUGGUCUGUUCCAACCAUUGUUUUUCAAGAGAUAAGAUGAAGGGGGACAAUUUUUGACGAUUUCAGUGUGUAAAAUGCUUGGUGGUUCAUCAAGCCUAGAGAGGGGGGUUAUUUAGUAAGUUACACUGUGUUUACAAGUACUACUUAUUUAUUACUCCUCGGAGGAAAAUGUGUACAGCAUUCUGUUUGAUA